AUGAACCGGAUUUUGAGUGUAUCCCCCGAGGAUAUGGACUGCCGGGUGCAGGCCGGUGUCACGCGCCAGCAGCUGAACGCGGCGCUGCGGGACAGCGGUGUGUUUUUCCCCGUGGACCCCGGGGCGGAUGCCACCCUGGGGGGUAUGGCGGCGACACGCGCCAGCGGCACCAACGCAGUCCGGUACGGCACCAUGCGCGAUGCGGUGAUUGGCCUGACGGCGGUUCUGCCUGACGGUCGUAUCAUCCGUACAGGUCGCCGUUGUCGCAAGUCCUCCGCGGGUUACGACCUGACCGCGCUGUUUGUGGGCAGUGAGGGGACUCUGGGGGUGGUGACGGAGGUGGCUCUGCGGUUGCAUCCGGUGCCCGAGGCGGUGGCGGCAGCUGUCGUCACAUUCCCGGAGACCCAUGGGUCAGUGGGCGGUCUCCGCGGUGCCGUGGAGUGUGUGGUGGCGGUGAUGGGUUGUGGAGUGCCCGUAGCGAGGGUGGAGCUGCUGGAUGAGCUGAGCAUACAGGCCGUAAACAAGUAUUCGGGUACCACCUUCACCGUGGCGCCCACCUUGUUCUUUGAGUUCCAUGGGGGUUCCUCCGCUGUGGUUUCGGAGCAAGCUGAACUUGUGGGCUCCCUCGCUCGAGAGUACGGCGGAUCCGGAUUCGAGUGGGCCACCUCGCCCGAGGAUCGUGCGAGGCUCUGGAAGGCCCGCCACAGCGCCUACUGGGCGGCCAUCGGUCUUCGGCCGGGCUGCAAGGGUUUUCCCACGGACGUGUGUGUGCCCAUCUCCAGCCUGACCAGGUGCAUCCUGGAGAGCCAGGAAGAUGCACGGCAAGCAGGCUUGUUGGCGCCCAUGGUCGGGCACGUGGGGGAUGGCAACUUCCACAUGAUGCUGGUGGUGGACCCGGGGGAUGCCGAGGAGGUGGAGAGGGCGCGGGGGGUGGUGGGUCGCAUGGUGCAUCGGGCGCUGAGGAUGCAGGGUACCUGCACCGGCGAGCACGGUAUCGGGUACGGCAAGUUGCCGUACUUGAUGGCCGAGCAUGGCCGUGCGCCGUUGGAGGUAAUGCACGCGCUCAAGGCAGCGCUGGAUCCGUACGACAUCAUGAACCCGGGCAAAUUGGGGAGCCCGCCGGACGCGCUGGAGGCCUUGGCACGGGAGGAUGUGUACGGCGAAGUACGGCAGCAACCGGAGCAGAAGCAGUAA